ACUUUCCUGCCUGGGCUGGCUUUGAACCACGAUCCUCAGAUCUCAGCCUCCUGAGUAGCUAAGAUGACAGUUGUGAGCCACUCUCACCCAGCCUACCUGUUUCUUUUCACCUAAAGUUUCCCGGUAUGGCCCAGGAUGGCCUGUACUUUGCGACACUGCAGCGUCAGCCUCCUGUGUGUGUCACUGCCCAUGAGUCCUUCAUUUUAGAGGCUUGAUGUUGGCAGAGUCCCUUCCCCCUUGAUCUAGACAGUCAGAAUCUGGCCCCUGGCAGAGGCUCCCUGGUUGGUGACUGGAGCCCAGCAGUGGCUAGCCCUCAGCUGCCUGCCCUCUCCUCCCUCCUCGCUUUGCAUACAGUGGGUAGGAUGGCCUGUAAACGCAUCACCCAGGACACCUUCGAUGUGGCCGUGCGAGAGAAUGUGGAGGAGUUCAACAUGGACCCUGAGGAGGCUGUGAAAGAGGCUGUGGAGCAAUUUGAGUCACAGGGGGUGGAUUUGAGCAACAUUGUCAAGACUGCACUGAAAACCACGGCGGACGGAGCCACGGAGCCCACGCACGACGUCCUGCAGGCCCUGGAGGCCCUGCAGGAGUCCAUGGCCAGCUCCUGUCCCCAGGACCUGGGAGCCCACCUUGCCCACUUCUGCCAGCAGUGCCGGCAGCACAAGGCCUGCCGCUUCCUGGCUGCCCAGAAGGGAGCCUACCCCGUGCUCCUGGCUGCCUGCAAGCUGGCCUCUGCCGGCAGCCCCAACCUCCUGCUCCAGGCCCUCCACGCCCUGGUGGUGCUGAUUGAAGGCCAGCCCGACCUGCUGGAUGCCCAGGGCCUGCAGCUGCUAGUCGCCACACUGGCGGGGCACGCAGACUCUACUGACCUGACGUGCCUGGGCCUCCGCGGUGUGCGCCUGGCCUGCCUGAAGCAUGAGGAGAACCGCCAGGGCCUGGUGAAGGCAGGUGUGCUGCCCCUGCUCAUUGGAGCCAUCACCCGGCACAUCCAUCACGCCGAUGUGGUCCGGGAAGCCUGCUCAGCACUGCGCGUCAUGACAUUUGAUGAUGAUGUGCGGGUGCUCUUUGGCCAGGCCCACGACUAUGCCAAGAAGAUCGUGCAGGAAAACAGAGGCCUGAAGGUGCUCAUCGAGGCCAUCAAGGCAUUUCCUGACAACCCCGGCAUCCUGAGUGAGCUGUGCAGCACCCUGUCCCGCCUGGUCGUGCGCAACGAGUUCUGCCAGGAGGUGGUGGACCUGGGCGGCCUGGAUAUGCUGGUGACCCUGCUGGCCAGCUGCAGUGACCACCAGGACCUAGUGAAGCAGGUGCUGGGCACUCUGCGGGCCAUUGCUGGUAACGAUGAUGUAAAGGAUGCCAUCGUCCGCGCAGGGGGCCCUGAGUGCAUCAUGGCUGCCAUGACUCGCCACCUGGCCAGCCCCCAGGUGUGUGAGCAGAGCUGCGCCGCCCUGUGCGUCCUGGCUCUGCGAAAGCCAGAGAACAGCCACAUCAUCAUGGAGCAUGGCGGGGCCCUGGCAGUGCUACAGGCCAUGCAGGCACACCCACAGGAGGCCGGAGUGCAGAAGCAGGCCUGCAUGCUGAUCCGCAACCUGGUGUCCCGGAGUCCAGCCUUCUCCAAACCACUCCUGGAGCAGGGGGCUGAGGCGCUCAUCUCACGGGCCAGGGCUGCUCACCCGGAUUGCAAGGAUGUGGCCAAGGCUGCCCUGAGGGACCUGGGCUGCCACGUCGAGCUCCAAGAACUGUGGACAGGCCAGAAGGGUGACCUGGCACUGUGACCCAGGCCCAGCCUGACCCUGGCUUUGGAUAGAUCAUGUGACUUGGUCCAGAGGCUGGCAUGAGGUUCCUGCCCGUCACCCAUUCCACCUGCGUCCCUCAUUGAGGGGUCUUCUGGGUUGUCAGUAUGGGGACCCAGGCAUCUGUGGAUGUCUCCACAGUGGAGAGCUGAGCAGCCCCCAAGCCCCAGGGUCACCCACAGCUGGCAGUGCUGCCCUUCUGUCCUGUCCCUUUCCUGGAUCCUGUGGGCUGCUAGGCCAGACAUGGGGCCGGAGUCUGUGGCUCCUAAUAAAGAGCCUCAUGCUCGUGUUGGA